UGGAAAACUGUCAGACGAUCACCUGAGCAGCUGGUUGGAACAACUCGGCUCUCGGAGAAAAAAUCAUUUGUUUAUCUUCCUCAGUUUCAGCGGUUUAUUUCAUUUUACUCUUUGUUUAAAGAAAAAAGAAACAACUCUUCAGUUCAGGAAUCAUGUCUGAUACCAACGGAUAUACGAAUGGGAUGACCAAUGGUCACAAUGGCUGCAAUGCUGAACCCGUCGGUCAACACUGGACUGUUGGCCUUCUCAACUCCCAAUGCCGCUAUCUCACCGCCGAAAGUUUCGGUUUCAAAGUGAAUGCCAAUGGAGUAGGCUUGAAGAAGAAACAGCUGUGGACCCUUGAACCUUAUGGGGAUGAUGAUUCCGUUUGUCUGCGAAGUCAUCUUGACCGCUACUUGAGCGUUGACCAUUUUGGAAAUGUUACCUGCGAAAGCGAAGAGAAGACAGAAGGCGCUAAAUUUUUCGUGGCUGUAGCCAAUGACGGAACUGGACGCUGGGCACUCAGGAAUGCAAUGAGAGGCUACUUCUUAGGAGCUGCGAAUGAUAAGUUGCUGUGCUCUGCAAAAGUUCCUGGCCCUGCUGAGUUGUGGACUGUCCAUCUUGCCGCCCGACCUCAGGUGAAUAUUCGAAGUGUCGGACGCAGGCGAUACGCUCGUUUAUCGACAGAUCACGAAGCUAUCCAUGUGGAUGCCAAUACCCCUUGGGGAGAAGAUACUCUUUUCACUUUGGAAUUUCAUGACGGCAAAUACGCCAUCCACACUUGCAAUGACAAGUACUUGAAAUUCGACGGAAGCCUCUCCGAAACAUUGGUCUCUGAGUGCCUCUUUACUUUAGAGUUCCAUUCUGGAUAUCUGGCCUUAAGAGACAAUUUGGGCAGGUACGUCGCUCCUCUCGGCAGUCGAGCCGUUCUCAAGACCAGAUCCCAGACUGUCACCAAAGAUGAACUUUUCUUCCUGGAAGAUUCGGUUCCACAGGCAGCUUUUGUCGCUUUCAAUGGAAAAUACGUUUCCGUUAAACAGGGUGUUGAUGUAACAGCCAAUCAAGAUGAAAUAUCAGACCAUGAGAUCUUUCAGCUGGAAUACGAUAUACCAAGCAAAAAAUGGUGUGUUCGAACAAUGCAAGACAAAUACUGGAGCUUGCAAAGCAGCUCUGGAAUCCAAGCUAAUGCAGAUAAAGGUUCUAUUAACAGUUUAUUCUCCCUGGAAUGGCAAGAAGAUGGAAGCGUGAGUUUCGUUGCUAACAACGGCAAAUAUAUUAUUGCCAAGAAGAGCGGCCACCUCUAUGCUAACGGAGAAUCUAGCGAUCAAGAUGAAGCUCGUUUCUACUUCUACCUAAUCAACAGAAGAAGUCUUGUACUGAAAUGUGAACAAGGAUUCGUCGGCUACAAAAGCCAUUCCAAUCCAAAAUUAGAGUGCAACAAGGCCUCCUAUGAGACCAUAGUCGUCGAGAGAGACGAAAAAGGUCUUUGCUAUUUUAAAGGUUCUAAUGGCAAAUAUUGGAAUGUUUGCGAAGACGGUACGAUUACAGUCGAUUCAGACGUCAGACAUGGUUUCUUCAUCGAAUUGCGAGAGCCUUCCAAACUAUGCAUCAAGACAGCUCACGGAAGCUACGUUAUGGCCGAGAAGAACGGAACAUUCAAGGUGAACGGCGCGAGUUAUGACACUGCCACAUUCUGGGAAUACUGAAAAAAAGAGAAUGAAGUUUCUCUGUUACAGAACAAACUGUUACAUCUUUACUCUUCAUUUACAUUAUCCAAUUAAUGGAUUAAUUGAAAAUAUUCUUGCCGUAUUCCAAUGUAUUGGAUAUUAAUUUUUCUAUGGAGUUAUGAACUCGAAACAGACUGCACACAUUUCAAAUCUUUUUUUUAAAAUUAGUUUUUGAGUUAGCGAUGUGAUAUUUCAAAUUUUAUCUUUCUGUUUCUACACGUGAAACUAAUAUAACAUUGGAAAAAUGCUAAAUUUGGGAAUUUGUACGAAUAAUCCAAUCAAAACAAAUUCUAAAAUAUAUAUCGUAAACAUCGGAAAAGCUAGUAUUACAACUUUGAUAUUUAAAACUUUUAGCUUCUAAAAUGCUUUUUUUGCAUUUUAACUUUAUAUAACGAAUGAAAAAGCAUGAGUUUGUGAUAUUUUUGUAUACUUUGUGUUUUAGAAUAUUAGAGAUUUAGAUCUAUAUGAUUAUGCAAUUAGAGUUUUAUCAUGUAUUUUUACUGUUUUCUCAUUUCUAUGUUCUUCAGUUGCUGAGCAAUGUUAAAUGUUAGUGUUAAAGUGCUUGUUAUCUUUGUCCCUUGUCUCUUGUGUGCCUGUAAUGAAAUCAAUACAGGUGGUUGUGUACAGUUCCUGAAGUAUCUACCACUUGCAAUAUUUUACGAUUGUUGGUGCUGGGUUACAACUUAAAUAUUUAAGCACUAUUUUAGAAUGCUUUAUGAAUCAUUUGUAGUACUUUGAGAAAUUGUCUGAAAUUUUAUAUCUCCAUGAUUUUUUUAAUGAAAAUGCAGUUGUAUAUAUACUUUUAUAUUCACUAAAUAAAUAUGUGCUUUCAAAUAUAUAAAGAAAAACAGUUUCAAGCAAGUAGUGAUACUGUACUGUGAAAUGUUUUAUAUUUUCAUAUUAUAU